CAGUGUUUGUGCGUUAUCUUAUGUUUUAAAGAAAACGAGAGCAGACAGGAAGAAAUGAAUAACAGAUCCUGACAGAGGGAGAGAAGAGGAAUCGAUUGGGGAGAGGUGUAUUUGUAAGGAGAGGUUAUACUGAAUGUGGUGACAAGAACAGAAAUACACAAAGCAAAGCUAUGAAGAAAUCUUUUAAUAACCGCACCAAGGACUUUAACUCUGAAAAAUCAAGCAUUUUCUCAGAUUCCUAUAUUUUCUCAAAGAAGAUAGUAAACAUAAACCCCAAACCUUUCUCAUGUUCUGUAAGUGGAAGAUAUUUUAGUCAUAAAGAAUCUCUUGGUAGACAUCAGAGAGAUCACACAGGAGAGAAACCGUUCUCAUGUUCUGAAUGUGGAAAAUGUUUUGUUCAUAAAUCACGGCUUGUCAAUCAUCAGAAAACUCACACAGGAGAGAAACCGUUCUCAUGUUCUGAAUGUGGAAAAUGUUUUGAUCAUAAAUCAAGGCUUGUCAAUCAUCAGAGAACUCACACAGGAGAGAAACCGUUCUCAUGUUCUGAAUGUGGAAAAUGUUUUGUUCGUAAAGCAGUGCUUGUCAGUCAUCAGAGAACUCACACAGGAGAGAAACCGUUCUCAUGUUCUGUAUGUGGAAAUAGUUUUAGGCACUAUUCAAAUCUUGUCAGUCAUCAGAGAAUUCACACAGGAGAGAAACCGUUCUCAUGUUCUGAAUGUGGAAAUAGUUUUAGGCACUAUUCAAAUCUUGUCAGUCAUCAGAAAACUCACACAGGAGAGAAACCGUUCUCAUGUUCUGAAUGUGGAAAAUGUUUUUGGCAACAUUCAACUCUUGUCAGUCAUCAGAGAACUCACACAGGAGAGAAACCGUUCUCAUGUUCUGAAUGUGGAAAAUGUUUUGUUCGUAAAGCAGUUCUUGUCCGUCAUCAGAGAACUCACACAGGAGAGAAACCGUUCUCAUGUUCUGAAUGUGGAAAAUGUUUUUGGCAACAUUCACAUCUUGUCAUUCAUCAGAGAACUCACACAGGAGAGAAACCGUUCUCAUGUUCUGAAUGUGGAAAUAGUUUUAGGCACUAUUCACAUCUUGUCAUUCAUCAGAGAACUCACACAGGAGAGAAACCGUUCUCAUGUUCUGAAUGUGGAAAUAGUUUUAGGCACUAUUCAAAUCUUGUCAGUCAUCAGAGAACUCACACAGGAGAGAAACCGUUCUCAUGUUCUGAAUGUGGAAAAUGUUUUGUUCGUAAAUCACAGCUUGUCAGUCAUCAUAGAACUCACACAGGAGAGAAACCAUUCUCAUGUUCUGAAUGUGGAAAAUGUUUUCGGCAACAUUCAUAUCUUGUCAGUCAUCAGAGAACUCACACAGGAGAGAAACCAUUCUCAUGUUCUGAAUGUGGAAAAUGUUUUCUGCAACAUUCAAAUCUUGUCAGUCAUCAGAGAACUCACACAGGAGAGAAACCGUUCUCAUGUUCUGAAUGUGGAAAUAGUUUUAGUCACCAUUCAAAUCUUGUCAGACAUCAGAGAAUUCACACAGGAGAGAAACCGUUCUCAUGUUCUGAAUGUGGAAAUAGUUUUAGGCACCAUUCAAAUCUUGUCAGUCAUCAGAGAACUCACACAGGAGAGAAACCAUUCUCAUGUUCUGAAUGUAGAAAAUGUUUUCUGCAACAUUCAAAUCUUGUCAGUCAUCAGAGAACUCACACAGGAGAGAAACCAUUCUCAUGUUCUGAAUGUGGGAAAUGAUUUUUCGUUAAACCUAAUCUUGAUAGACAUCAGAGAUCUCACACAGUCCACCAAA